UGUCAGUCACUCAGACGGCUGUCGGGGUCAUUUCAGUCCAGCUGAUAGUUGUGUCAGGUCGUUCUCGGUAACAGAAAGUGAGGGCAGCAUGGCGGGACGUCUUCUUCUUCGAGCUUGUACCACAACAACGCUGCAGCUGAGGAGCAAUGUGGUGGCCAGACCGUUACACCGUGCCAUGAGCACGGCGAAAGGAAUACCUACAGAUGAUGAACAAGCCACUGGGCUGGAGCGGCGUGCGCUGCAGGCCCUUAAACGUGGAAAGGAUCCCUACAGUAUCCUGAAGCCCAAGAAGUAUGCCGGCACCAAGGAAGAGCCUCACAUUGUGCCAUGCACUGGAACCAAGAGGCUGGUGGGCUGUCUCUGUGAAGAAGACAACACUGCCAUUGUGUGGUUCUGGCUUCACGAGGGAGACGCUCAGCGCUGUCCAUCCUGUGGUUCGCACUAUCAGUUGGUCCACAACGAGCUGCCCCAUUAAAGCCAAAUUUAACACAAUCUCUGGGACAACACAAACAUCUGUCGUUGCCACCUCCAUGGGCAUAUACUCCAAUGUGUGCAUAUCAUUUAACAUGUACAGUUUAUCAUUAAAAUGUAAACCUGAA